CUCUUUUCUUUUUUCAGUCUUUGUUCUCUUUCCGUACGUUUCAGACGUACGGAGUUGUAGUUCAUUCUCAAUUUUCCCCUGAACAUACAAAUAUACCUAAUAAUUUUACAUACUCAUUUACAAACUCACCUGAAAAAAUAUAUUUGUUACAGUAUUAUUAUAAUGCCAUUUAUAUCGAAGGAUUGGCGAUCUCCAGGGGAAGUUUGGGUAAAAACAGAAGAAGGAUGGGAAAAAAAGAAAAUCCUAGAAUGCUGCAAUUUUUUACUAGGACAACAAGAUCAUUUAUUGACCAGAUAUUCUGUUUCUGACCAUUCUGAUGAAGAGAAGACUGACCAAAUUGAUAACUGGAAUGAAGACGUAAAUUCCGAGGAAAAAGAAAACAAAGGCGCUACUAACCAUUUUAAACAUCCUAGAACUAAAUAUUCUAGUGAAAGCCAAUAUGAUGGUGUUAUACAGCCUCAUUGUCACAUUACAAUAAAAUGUACCAAAGAGAUUGCAGGGUUUAAUGGUUUAAGUGAGGCACUCAAACGAUUGGACUUUCGUUCUGCAGUGCAUGAUGUUCGUCGUUUUCAUUAUAUUUGUAAACUUCUUGAUCUCCUAGUAUCUCCUAGACUAAAUGCAUUGUCUGGUUGUGCUCAAAGAGUUCUCUUUAAUAUAAUUGAAGAAGUCGCUCACCAAGUAUCUCAAAGUCAACAAAACAAACAUAUGUUGGAUCGUCUUUUAGGACAACUACGUGAGGUUGUUGAAUUAGCAUGUUGGGGUAGACCGCUGGGAUCAACUAUUUUAUGGGAACAACAUUUGACUACUAUUAAUCGUAUUCAUGAAAUAGCUGAUCAAAUAGAAAUUCGCCAACCUGGUGAUAAUGAAGAACCACAAUUUGAUCAACUUCCAGAGGAAUGUGUUCGUGAAGUGUUGUUACGAUUAGCUGAUCAUCGUGAUCUGGAGCGUUCAGCACAUGCAUGGGGUGUAAUGGCACGUUUAGUGGAUGAAUUACGCAUUUGGCGUGAGUUAUGUCAAUUUCACUUUAGUCCACGUCAAAUACAGUCUGUGAUUGAUAGCUCACCAAGUACCAGUGAAGACUGGCAACUAAUAUAUCAUAAGUUAAGAAAAUGUUAUGGAUUACGAGAAGAAUAUGCAGAAAUGAUACAGCUAUGCCGAAAUUGUCGUUGUUUAUUCUGGCAUAGUAUUGGACAUCCGUGUAUUGCAGAUACUGAUCCACAUUUUAUGGAAAAACUUGAAGAUGUUGAUAAAAAUUCAUUGUAUGUACCUAUACCACCACAAGCUUUUCUUAAAUUUUUUUCACUUUAAUAUGGCAUCCAAUUUAUUAAUAUUAUGUAACUAGAAGUAUAAUUAUAAUUUUUUAUUUACUCAAUUUUAUCCAUGAAAAUUUCAAAUUUAUAGAAUUUAUUUCAUUUUAUUUAAAAAUAUAAAAAUUAAAUAAGGUUAUAAAAUGUAUCAUACAAUUAUGAUUAACACUGAAAUACCAACCAAAAUAUAUUUGUGUAUUAAAAUAUAAUUUAUAAAAUUAAAAUAAAAAUUAUUUUUCUAGAAAAUAAAUGCACAUGAUAAUAAUUUAUAAUAUACUUUUGAAAUGUAUAUAUUUUUGAUAAUCUUAAAGCACUCGUAGUAAAAAAAAAAAAAUAUUUAAAUAUUUAUUAUUUCUAGUUACAUAUUAACUUUUCAGUAAAGAAAUAUAUAAGUAAAUAAUGCUUUUUAAAAUUUUUUCUUUUUUUGAUGAAAAACUACUGAUAUUUUCUAGUCAUCUUUUUUUAGUUUAUAAUUAUUUUUGCUCCCUCCAUUUAAAUAAAUUAGGACUUGAAAUCAAAAACUAAAUAAUAUAAUUAAAAGUUUAGAUAUUUUAUUCACAGUAAUAGAUCACAGUUUAAUCAUUACUUAUUUGUGUUGAUGAGUUGAGAAUUAGUAUUCAAACUUCAUGUGUACACAAAAUAUGUAUAAUAUCAAUUAAUAUUUGUUUUAUUUACUGAUUACUGAUGCCAAUUUUAUUUUAACAAUUAAAUUAAAGUUAAAAUAAUAAUAAGUUUGAAAUACUAAUUUCAUUUUUCAAAAUAAAAAAAAUGUAUUAUUAUCUUAUGAAGGUAAUAAAUAGUGUUAUAUUAUGAAAGAUAUUAUAAAUAGUAUUAAUACAAAUACAAAAGUUAAACACAUUGGUGAUAAUAUUAUAGAUGGCCUUAUUUUUAAGAAAUACUAAUUUAAAAUGUAUGUAAUAUGUAUAUUUUAAGUCUGAAAACUGUUUAGUGAUUUAUUGAAAACGUGUUAUGAUACAUCAAAUACAUUUUUUUUUCAUUAGUAAGUUGACUAUGAGUUAGUGGACUUAUUGUUUAACAUAAUAUUAUAUUUAUGGUUAUUUCAAUUUACUGAAAAUUACAACUAUAUAUCAUUAUAACUGUACAUGACAUAAAUAUAUUUUUGUAGUAUUAUAAUUUAUAUAAGAAAUUGUUUUAAUUUCUAGGAAGUAUAUGAUUUUUAAGUAUAAAAUAUAUCAAACCAAAAGCACUUUAAUGAUAAAAUUCAUUUUUAAAAACUAAAUUUUUUUUUUAUUAAUAAAAUAAAUUCCUUGCCAAGUGAUUUAAAAUAAAAUCUAUUCAUUUAACUUAAAAUAAAAAAAAAAAUCACAAAGCUUUCAUUUUAUACAAUCAAAACACUAUAAGUUAGAGAUUAGAUCCAAUCAUCUAUUAUUGGAAUUAUAUUAUAUUAAAUUUUUAAAAAAUUAUGUUAAAUUGUUGUAUUUCUUAAGUCUAAUGAGUUUUAUUUUAGAUUACCCAUAAACAUCUCAAUUUAAAAGAUUUUCAAGGAAGAAAUUAGAGUAUACCAAUAGAUAAAUGUUUAAAUUUUAAACUUGUAUGUUCAAAGAAGUUACAUGUGCAAUAUACUAGUGAAAUAUACCCACCAACUCGUAUUGAGCUCAAAUCUUGAUAUAAGUUGUUAAGUAAAUACUGUGUAUUGAUGUGUAUUGCACCUUUCUUCUAGAAAAUUCUAUUAAUAUAUUAAUGAAAUUUUAUUUUUUGUAAAUAAAGCAUUUCAAUAAUAAAAAAAAAAUAAACAAAUUAACAUAUUUGUAUAUUAUUUUUAGUUUUCUCAAAAUUUAAUUUCUUUAAAUAUGAUUCAUUUAAAAUAUUUAGAAGGCCAAGAUAAAUAAUAAUUUCAAUCAAUUCUUUUUUUCCUAAUUAGAAUAGGUAUGGUCUAUUAGUUAGGUUUAUAAAACAUGUUAUAAAUUUAUAAUUUGUUAAGUGAUAAGUAUAGAUUUAAUUUUUGUUUUUAAAUUUAUUUAUAUUUUUAUAUUUUUUGUUGUGAGAACUGCAUUUGAUUUGUGAUUUUAAUUUUAGUUAUUAAUUGUUGUAUGUUAUUCUUUUAUACUUAAUGGUAACUUAAUUUGCUGUCAUUUAUUAUUUUUAUUAUGUUAAUAGCUUAUGUUUUUUCUCUUGUAAUGUCUUUCUUUUUAUUUUUUAUUAAUUGUAAAAGAAAAUUAAAUAGUUUUAUUUGUAAUAGUUUAUUUACAGUUUAUAAUAUUUUGAUUGUGAUUUGUGUAAUUGGGCAAACAAUAAAUAUUAAAAAUUUAA